UCCGAGCAGUUACUUGCUCCAGCUCCGCCUUGAUCUAAACAGGAAGCCUGUUGGACCUUAGUGCAGCUGAAAGCAAGCCCUUUGGACCCUAGUGUAGUUGUAAGCAAGCGGGUCGGAUCUGCUAGCUAUCUGCUGGAGAAGCAGCAACACCGCCUCUGGAUCAGUUGGAUUUGCAGCCUAGGUGUGCCCAGCUGUAAACAUAGCAGCUUGUUUUCACGCCAAAACGCGGAGUGAAGGAAUGUCGCCAACAUAAAAAGGUCAAUGUGUCGACUACAGGACCUCUACAGGGUUGUUGUCAAUGUAGGUCCCUGACGUCUUCAGUCUGCUGCCAGUCUGUUUAGUUAGUUAACCCAUCUCUUCCUGCAUCAGACCACCAUCACCCUCCUGCAUCACACCCAGGCACCCUCCUCAGACACCUGGCCAAUCGCUUGUUCUGAACAGCGUUACCAUGGACACCGAGUCCACCCACUCUGGCUACUCCAACAGAUCCAACAGACAUGGGGAGCAGAGUCGGCGUGAGCGGCGUAAGCUCAGCAGUAAGGACAGCAGCCGGUCAGAGCGGUCUGUAAUCAUCAACAGCCCCUACGGGCCCACUCAGGCCUCCCCCAACCACAACAGCGAGCCCCUGCUAGAAGUCCCCAGCUCUGUGGCUGGAGACGAGGCUCCAAGCCUCCAGGAUGAUAACUGGGGGGAAACCACCACGGCGGUGACUGGCACCUCAGAGCUUAGUCUAUCCCAGGAGGAGGUGGUUGGUCUGGGGAAGAGGUCAGAGGACGGCCUGGGGCAAGGCUGUCGGCGUUACGCUCCCCUAGCUCUGGGCCUCUGUGUGGGGCUACUGGUCCUGGCCACCCCUCUGGCCUUCCUGGUCCUCCCGGCGGUGCUGUGGCCGGCCAGGCUGCAGGCCUGUGGCUCAGCCUGCGAGGGCCUCUUCCUCUCUGUGUCCUGUAAACUUCUCAUCCUUCUGCUAGCUGUGUGGGCGAUCUUCCUGCGCCAGGCCCGUGCCAGCCUGCCCAGGGUGUGUGUGUACCGAGCCCUCCUGGCCAUGCUCACACUGCUGCUCACAAUCUCCUACUGGCUGUUCUAUGGGGUCCGCAUUCUCGACUCACAGGAUGAGGACUACCAGGGUAUCGUCCAGUUCGCUGUGUCUCUGGUGGACUCUCUGCUGUUUGUCCACUACCUGGCCAUUGUUCUGCUGGAGCUCAGACAGCUCCAGCCCUGCUACAGCCUGUGUGUUAUACGCUCCACUGACGGAGAGACACGCUACUACAACCUGGGACAGCUCAGUAUUCAGAGGGCAGCGCUGUCUCUGCUGGAGUUCUACUACAGGGACUUCCCUCUCCAUAACCCUGCCCUUCUCUCCGCCUCCAAGCACCGUGCCGCCAAGCACCUGGCCGGCCUCAAGGUCUACACCGUGGACGCGUUUAAAGCUAAAGUGAGAGCUUACCUUUUGGACAAUGACAGCCCAGUGAACCCAGCGGGGCCAGCAGGGGGAUCAGGGGGAUCGCAGGUGGGGGGUCAACCGCGGGCCAUGAUCUCUGCAGCAGCCAGGCGCAGAGACGCCACUCACAACGAACUAUACUACGAAGAGGCCGACCAUGACCGACGGGUCCGCAAACGCAGAGCCAGGCUAGUGGUGGCUGUGGAGGAGGCCUUCAUGCAUGUGAGGCGGAUGCAGCAGGAGGAGCAGAAAGCAUCCCCUGGGGAUGUGAUGGACGUACGGGAAGCGGCCCUGGCCAUCUUCCCCUCCAUGGCCCGCGCCCUGCAGAAAUACCUCCGAACCACCAGAAGGCAGCACUGCCACAGCAUGGACAGCAUCCAGAGACACUUGGCCUUCUGCCUCACACACAACAUGAGCCCCAAGGCAUUCCUGGAGGCCUACCUGUCCCCUGGUCCUACGCUACAGUAUGGUCGAGAGCGCUGGAUGGCCGGUCAGUGGACUCUGGUCAGCGAGGCUGCGGUCACUAGCGGUCUAAAGGAGGACACAGUCUUCUCACUGAGGUGUCUAGAUUUCAGCCUAGCGGUAACAGUCAAGUCCAUCCCCUACAUUGAAAUGACAGAGGAGUACGUCGAUCCAAAGUCACACAAGUUUACCCUGAGUCUCCAAUCUGAAACAUCAGUCUAACAGACGCAUGUAGAAGAACUGUGGGAAUUCUAGACUUGUCUUUUUUGAGUUCAGUUUCUUAAACCCUCUUUUACUUUGACAUGCUAUUUUGCUUUUGUCUUCUAUUUAUAUUACCGGUGUUCAUAAAGAUUAUUUUGGCUACUUUGAGAUUUGUUAUUGUACGUAAUUGAUAUGAACAGAUGCAUAUUGGAUAUUGUAACAAGAUGAAGUGUUAGCUGGUCAUAUAAUAGUUAAUAAAUGGUAGGGAUCCCCAGCCCUAUGGCUCUUUUGGAGUGAAGAUGACCGAUGGAGAGAGUUAGGGAACAUGCUCUGAUUUCUAUUGUCCUGAGGCACACUGGAACAUUGAAUUAUGUCAGCGGGUUUUCAAUACACUGUAGAUGACCCUCCCGCAUUUUGUUCUUCCUCUGUGUGUGUGUGUGUCUGUGUGUGUGUGCGUGUGUGUGUGACUGUGUGUGUAUGUAGGGGGGUAUUUUCAUAUGGUCUGCCCUGCUAAUAUGAAUGAAAUACUACCUAAUAAUCACAAACAGUUCAGGUUCAGUUUUAUCAAACUAAGAAUUGCUUUUCUUUACAGUUAAUGGAUUGUACAUGUGUGUUUUUAUAUACGGUUGAAGUCGGAAGUUUACAUACACUUAGGUUGGAGUCAUUAAAACUCGUUUUUCAACCACUCCACAAAUUUCUUCUUAAAAAACUAUAGUUUUGUCAAGUCGGUUAGGACAUCUACUUUG